UACUUGUGCAAUGGAAUCGUACUCGAAAGUGGCGCUGGUAUGGUCGGCGACCAGACAUCCACACUGUACUAGCCACACUCCGCGCGCUAUUCAUUUGUUCUUGCAAUGCUUGUCAGUAUGAUGGUGACAUUCUGGAAGCCACAUGGAUCGCUACCUGGACAUGCAUUGGCUCCAGUAGUGUUUAUGAUUCUUUCUUUUCGCAGCUUUUGGCAUAGUUUCGAGAUGAUGUGCCACCGGGCGGAAAAUGAACUUGAAGCUGCUGGAAGGGUUGGAACGUUCGCUGUGGAGGAUCACCCGGUGCUACGGCGAAAGACAGGCUGCAGUGUACAGUCCGUCGUGCAACAGCCUGUGAUCGUGCUGAGUUGUGGAUUGCCAAAGCCUUUGCUACCCGGAGACUUCAAUAUACACCUCCACCAGAAAGAGAAAUUGCAAACUCGGUGACCAGCCGAAGCAGCACUCAAGUAGACCAUCAUCAAUUCCC